AUACUGACCUUGACACAUUAGUUAAAAAGAUGCCGAAGUCAGAUGAUCCAUUGAUAUCAGAGGAGGAUCCUUUUGGAAAUCAGGGGGUGGAUGAGGAGGAAGAGGAGGAAAUUGAGGAACUUCUAGAUGUGGAGUGCCAGGCCACCUCAGGGCUGGAUAUCCGUUACCCCCGCAGGAGAGGGAGAUACAAACAAGCCAUGAAGUCUUUGAUACCUAUCAGAUUUCAGAAAACGCAUAAGGAUGAGUUACCAGAGGCAACUGCUGGCUUCUUUUCACUGUUGACCUAUGCAUGGCUGACUCCAAUCAUGUGGAAAAUUAAAAGAAAAGGAACAGAAUUUUUACAACACAUGAGGUGUCCUGACGUCAACCGAGCAGAAAUUAAUGCAGAAAGGCUUGAGAGAAUAUGGAAGAGUGAAUUGAAGAAAAAAGGUCCAGAAAAAGCAUCAUUUGGACAGGCUUUGUUGAAAGCUGGAAGGACCAGAGUUAUUUUUGGAGGGAUGACCUUCAUCAUUUCUAUGACCUUCAGUUUUGCUGCACCGGCCUUUGUGUUGAGGAGGAUUUUAGAUGACCUUUCAGCUGGUAACAGUGAUAUUGGCUUUGGAAUCGGCCUGGUGAUUCUCAUGGCUGCCAUGGAAUUCUGUCGUUCCAUGUUUUUAGCUCUUGGCUGGGUUAUUAAUUAUACUACAGGUAUACGUAUGAGAGGAGCUGUACUGAGCAUGCUGUAUGGAAAAAUAUUACGUCUUCGUGGUUUAAAAGACAAAACAGUUGGUGAACUUGUCAACAUCUGUAGCAAUGACGGACAGAGACUGUACGACGCCUUUAUCACUGGUCCUCUUUUGAUUGGUGCACCAUUAAUUUUAUUGGGUGGAAUUAUCUACACGGCAUUCCUGAUUGGUCCAUGGGCUUUUGUGGGCAGUGUUACAUACAUCAUGUUUUAUCCAUUUAUGGCUUUUAUUGGUAAAUUUACAGCUCAUUAUAGGAGAAAAGGAAUUGUCAUUACAGAUAAGCGAGUGAGGAUGAUGACAGAAUUACUAAAUUGUAUCAAAUUAAUUAAGAUGUAUGCUUGGGAAAAGUCAUUUGCCAAAACCAUUGCAGGUAUCAGGAGUCGGGAGAGAAAAGUGCUGGAGAAGGCAGCGUACAUCAACAGUAUCAGUACCUCAGUGGCCCCUAUGGUCCCCGUCAUGGCCUCUGUGUUUGUCAUUACGGCCCAUGUCAUGACAGGGAAUCCCCUCUCAGCAGCUCAGGCCUUUACAAUGAUAGCAGUGUUUAAUGCAAUGAGAUUAUCUCUGGGGAACAUUCCUUGUGCUGUCAAGGCUUUAGCUGAUGCUUAUGUAUCCAUGAAGAGGUUCAAGGAUAUAUAAACCUGUUACUAUAUGUGUAUUAAUUAACCACACACUUCCCAGAUUAACAAUCCAAAGUUUGCCAUAGUGAUAAAGAAGGCGUGUUUUGCCUGGGACCCAGAAGUCUCGGUACAGAGUCUUGGACUACUGGAUGUCCAGAUCACAGUGCCUAAUGGAAAACAUGUGAUUAAAGAUGAAGAAAAAGAAGGCCUAAAUAAGAACACAGAGGGGGAUGAAUUUGUAGCUCCUCCCACCCUCCUAGCUAUUGAUCUGACACUAGAAAAGGGUAAGCUGAUAGGAGUUUGUGGGAGUGUAGGAUCAGGGAAGAGCUCCUUAAUAUCAGCCAUAUUAGGAAGGAUGGUGAAAACCUCAGGUAAAGUGGCAGUAGGGGGAAGUAUAGCCUAUGUCUCUCAACAGCCCUGGAUACUGAAUGCCACCAUCAGGGAGAACAUCCUGUUUGGGGAGAUGUACCACGAAGACAGAUACAAUGCCACCAUUGAAGCAUGUUGUCUACAGGAGGACCUGGAAACCUUUGUAUCUGGAGAUGAAACAGAGAUUGGUGAGCGUGGUAUUAAUAUGAGUGGUGGACAGAAACAGAGAUUGUCUCUGGCCAGGGCCCUGUAUGCUGAUAAAGACAUUUAUCUAAUGGAUGAUCCCCUCUCAGCAGUAGAUAUACACGUGGGCAGACACAUCUUCACAGAGUGUCUCCUCAAAGCACUGAAAAAUAAAACUGUCCUGUUUGUUACACAUCAACUUCAGUACCUGAGUUCCUGUGAUGGGAUCAUUGUCAUCAAGGAUGGGAUGAUCACAGAGCAAGGAAAACAUGAGGAUCUGAUGAAACAAGAGGGGGAGUACUCCAGCCUCAUCAACAGAUACUACAAACAAAAGGAGGAGGAGGAAAAGGUGGAAGACCCAACAUCACCUUCAAGCCUCAAGGAAAAGCCACCAUUGCAUAAUGGGAACUGUUAUAAUAACCGUAACAGGACAUCCUCUGUGAAAUCUGGGGAAUCCGAGCUGUCCAUGAGUCCAAAGUCACAGUCAGGGGUACUGGACUCAGGGGGUAGAGAUCCCCCAGGGGUGGAUAAACAGGUGUCUGUCAUCAGCAACACACAGGAGGAGAAAACAAACAAGGGAAAACUGAUUGUAGCAGAGGAAACUAGAAAAGGGAAAGUGAAUUUCCAUACUUAUGGCACCUACAUGAAGGCAGCGGGGGGAUUUAUUGUGUGUUUUGUUGUUCUGUUGGUCUACAUCAUCAGUAUAGCUGUGUCAACAGGAACUAGCUGGUGGUUGUCUUACUGGUUACAACAGGGAGGAGGGAAUACAACAAUUAUUGGCAAUGUUACUGUGAAGAAUAUGAAUAUACAAGACAAUCCAGAGCUAGAUUUCUAUGCUCUGAUCUACGGACUGGGUGUCAUUGCUGUGGUGGUGUUUACUGUAUUCAGAGCCUUUCUUUUUAUGAAGGUAACACUUCAUGCUUCUAGCAAGAUGCAUGACAGAAAUUUCAGAAAAAUUCUAAAAUGUCCCAUGACAUUUUUUGAUUCUACUCCAGUUGGGAGGAUUGUCAAUAGAUUUUCCUAUGACAUGGAUGAAAUUGACAUUCGGUUACCAGCCAGUGCUGAAGUUUUCCUGAGGAACAUUCUAAUGAUAAUAUUUGCAGUCGGUAGUAUCGUCUAUGUUUCCCCCUAUUUCCUUAUUGCCAUUUUACCGCUUGCCAUUGCAUUUUUUGCGUUGAAAUUUGUGUUUAGUACCGGUGUUCGUGAAUUAAAGAGAUUGGAUGCCAAAAGUCGGCCACCGUUGAUCAGCCAUAUUACUGCUACUGUGCAGGGGAUCAGCACCAUUCACGCCUUUGGAAAAUCUACAGAAUUUAAGGAUAGAUUUCAUCAGCUGCUAGACACCAAUUCGGUGCUUUUCUUCCUGUUUUCAGCGUCCAAUCGCUGGCUUGCCAUUCGCCUUGAUCUCCUAUCUGUUAUUGUGGUAGGAGUGACAGGUCUUCUAGUAAUUGUUACCAACAUUCCAACAGCAUUAGCAGGCAUGGCCCUGACAUUUGCGAUACAGAUGACAGGGUUAUUCCAGUUUACUGUGAGGAUGGCAAUAGACACAGAGGCCAGAUUUACCUCUGUGGAGAGACUCUCACAGUAUGAAAAGGAAGCAGAAUCAGAGGCCCCAGUUGUCAUCAAGAAAAGCCGUCCCCCAGAAGACUGGCCACACAAAGGGACAUUAGCCUUUAAGGGCGUCAAGCUCCAGUACAGAGAGAACCUCCCCCUGGCCCUGAAGGGCGUGUCCUUUGAUGUUCUUCCUCAGGAGAAGAUUGGCAUUGUGGGUCGAUCAGGCUCAGGAAAAUCGUCUUUGGGUGUGGCUCUGUUUCGGUUGGUGGAGCUAGAUUCUGGGACCAUUAAGUUAGAUGGUAUUGACAUAUCAACACUAGGACUAGAGGAUCUGAGGUCCAAGCUGGCCAUUAUACCACAGGAUCCUGUCCUCUUCAUAGGAACCAUCAGGUAUAAUUUAGAUCCUUUUGGAGAGUACAGUGAUGAAGCAUUAUGGCCAGCUCUAGAAAAAUGUCAUAUAAAGGAAACUAUUGCUUCCCUUGAACAUCAACUAGACUCUCAGGUGAUAGAAAAUGGGGAGAAUUUCUCUGUUGGAGAGAGACAACUAAUUUGUUUAGCCAGAGCUCUGUUAAGGCACAGCAAAGUCCUGAUGCUGGAUGAAGCUACGGCAGCUAUAGAUACGGAGACUGACGCUCUGGUACAAACAACCAUCAAGGAGGCUUUCUCUGACUGCACAAUGUUAAUUAUAGCACAUAGGCUGAAUACUGUCUUAUCUUGUAACCGUAUCCUUGUUAUGGAAGAGGGAAAGGUGGUUGAGUAUGAUACCCCAGUGAAACUGAUGUCAGAUCCUAAAUCCAAGUUUAAAAUGAUGCUGGAUGCCACAGAAAACCAUGAUUUAUGACCAUACGCUACGAUAGAUUUUAUUUAAAUCAAUAUUAUAAUUAUAUAUAGUUAUAGGAGAGCUGAAGGCAAUUUAAGAUAAAAUGUUAAUUUAAUGAAAUUUUUCAUGCCAGUUUGAUAGAUUAAAAUUGUAUAAUUUAUGAAUUGAGAUACCAAUAGUUUACAAAUAACAUUAGAUAAUGCAUAUGUACCCCAGACUGCAAGAGAGAGCUUAUAGAUGUUUAAAAAUCUAUGUAUACUAUAUAUUUUUAGAACUACAUGCAUGUAUUGUUUUUAUAAUCAAUAUAUAACCUCUCCUCUUUUGUAAAUUGCAGGAUUUUUUAUCCUCUACAUUUUUUAGGACUUUUCUUGUACUUGUACUUUCAAUUCUUCCAUUUUGACUUCUCUUCAAAUUUAUUUGCAUAUAUAUUACCAAGUAUGUGCUUAAGAAUUACAUGUAUCUUCAAAUCUAGAAGAAACAAUGACUACAAACAUACCAUACUUGUGGAAUUUUUAGUAAGAGACAAAUUUAUCAAUUGGCCAUAAAUGUCAGUGUAUGAUUUUCACAGUAAGUCAUUUCAGAGAUUUUGUAAUUCAGUAAAGACAACUAUUACCUAUGAAAUGAAAUAAAUUGUUAGAGAUAUAUAGAGAAAUCUUGCUAAUAAUAUCAAAAUUGAAUUUUACUGAAUAAAAAUUACUUAUUAAAAGGUCCAAUCUAAUUAAAAUUAGAUGUUAAAUCCACUCGCAAACUCGCUACACUAACAUCUAACAACAUCCCAUUGAGGGUCACGUCAGAGGUCAAAUUCUAUCAACCAAUCAAAUUGUUGCCAGCAAAAUCAUAGUAUAUUGUUGAAGGGAAUAAGUCUAGAGCUGCAUGCUCCGAAUUUGACCUCUGAUGUGACCCUCUAUGGGAUGUUGUUAGAUGUUAGUGUAGCAUGUAUGCUAGUGGAUCCAACAUCUAAUUUUAGUUAAAUUGUAAAAGGUCCAGACAUGUAUUGAUUGAAUCCUGAGCUUGCUUGAACUGAACAAAAAUUACUUAUUAAAAGGUCCAGACAUGUAUUAAUUGAAUCCUGAGAUUGCUUGAACUGAACAAAAAUUACUUAUUAAAAGGUCCAGACAUGUAUUAAUUGAAUCCUGAGCUUGCUUGAACUGAACAAAAAUUACUUGUCAAAAGGUCCAGACAUGUAUUAAUUUAUUAUUAUAUGUAGCAUGGCAACAUACCUGUAUAUUAUAUGUUUUAUUUUGUUUUCUCCUUUGAUAAGAUCUGCUACACAAAAAAAUUGAUAAUGUAUCGUAAAUUAAUUUUCAUUUGCUAAAAUUUUAUUUUUGAGUAAUUACCCAAGACAGUGUCUUUGUGGAAAUUUCAUUCUCGCAAUUAUAUUAGUAUUUUGUAAAAUUAGCAGUAACCGCAAUUCAUAUGAAAAUUUGGUCUCGCUAAUAAGGAGUUACAUGUAAUGAAUAUCUUGUGAAAAUAAGGUGUUGCAAAUAAUUAUUAUUCUACAGUUUAUUGCUACAUGUACUUUUAUACUGAUGACAUUGGUUGUAAGCAUGAAUAUUGUGAUGUGUAUAUAUAUCGUAUCUUAUGGUUUAACUGUAUGGCAGUGUUUUAAUAUACAUGUUCCAAAAUGUUUCUCAUAAAUAAGUAUGUUUGCAGAUACAAAAGUGUAUAUAUCUUAUGGUUUAACUGUUCACAAGUUUAAAUAUACAUGUACCUAACUGUUUCUUGAAAAUAAUUAUCUUUGCAGAUGGCAAUUUUCCAUGUAUGUCAUCAUUUUUUUAACUGAGCUAGAAUAUCCCAUGUUUUUCUUUAACAUAAAACAAGCCUUUUAUACAUAUUUUUUGAUAAAUUUUGGUGCUACAUGUA